AUGUCAGGUAAGGGAGCAAAGGGGGUGAUCACAGGGAUGACCCCCGCCAAUAAGGACAAGAAGAAAGCCAUCUCUCGCUCCUCGCGGGCCGGUCUUCAGGUCCCGCUCGUUGAUCUCUACUUUGCUUGCCGUAGAUCUUUCUUCUUUCCCCCCCUUUGGGUUACUUUUCCCUCUAUUUGUGUGUGAAAUUCUUGUCAUCCUGGGUGUUCGUCCGGUUGCACAGCGUAUUUCUUGGUAGCGGUUGUGGAUUUUUCUUUUCUUUUUGGGUAUCAAUACGUGUUUUCCAUGUAUGUUGGUAGCUCGUGGUAUUCAUGAGACAUUGUCCCCUUAGAUUGCGUGGCAAUCCGCUCAUAGCUACCGGAGAUAUCAAAGCUGGUGUGGCUAAAUGCUGGUGAGGACUUUGACGUCGGGACUUUGUUCCAUUUCAGGCCAGGUUCUUUGCCCAUCGUCUUAUGUACUUUCUAACAGAGACCUCGUAAUUGGCGUGUCUCUCUUGUAUGCAAAUUCUAUGAUUGCAUCUGCUACGGUGAAAAAUGUCGAGGAUUGAAAUGACAAUGGAGAAGAGCACCGCCGACAUGGGGCCCUACCUGAGUGAAGAUCCUCAGGAACGGCUGUGAAGGGGAUUGGAACGCAGUGGUGAGAUCCUCUGACGCCCAAGGCUGUAUGAAAGAGUUGAGGUGAAGAGAACGCCACCAGGAGACCAGAAUAAGUACGGGCUAAGCUUCUGAUCUUUGGGUGGGAGCGAUUUAGUGACCAUGAUCUGUCUGAGACCUCAGAUAAACACAGAAGGUCCCAAGGAAUUCCUAGUGGAAUAUGCUCAUAGGUGCUACGAUAGAAGAAUGAGAGUUCAUGGAUUACCAAGCAGGAAAGACUAUAGAAUUCAGUAAAAACCAGUCAUAAAAUGCAAGAGGCAAUUGAAACUUCAGCUGGGGCGGAAUAUCUUGUAAAGAAUCACACCAUGUUCGGAUGCAUAUUCUUUCACGUCCUGUAGGAGUAGAAAAUCUAGUAAUUUUCUGCAAUGUUCAUGGAGGUUGUGAGGAGGAAUGAUUUUUCUCCUGGGAAGUUCCAGUGCGUUGAUCUUGGAAGCAGCUACUGUUCCUGAAAGUUCUGCAGCGCGGUUUCUAAUUACCCAGUCACUGCAAUGGAAGUGAGGAGGGCCCAAGCGAAUUUCACUUGGAGUACCGAACUCUACAUGCUAUUUCCUCGUCGGAGCUUUGUUUCCUGAUCGAAGGAUGAGCACUUUCAUGAAAUUUGCCCAUAGCAUGUCUUUAUUUUUUCCCCAUCUACGUCACAUGGACCAUCAGCGCAUUCUCAAUGUCGCUAUGGCUCACGCAGGAUGAAUGUAACUAGAAGUUCAUCUGUUUUUCCAUUGGUGAUCCUUACAUUGCUCAUGGGCCUUUUGUAUGUGCCUGUGAUGAUUUCGAUGAAGCUCCUCUUCAUUCUUUCCUUUUCUUCUAAGUGAUAUCCAUGGACAAUCCAUCAUAUGUUUUCUUCAAUCAGUCCAUGGCUUAUAAAGAUCCUUGUUUGCUAAAAACUACAGACCUUCGUUUCUAAUGCUCUAAAAUACUUGGAUACUCUCUCUCUCUCUCUCCCUCUCUCUCUCUCAAACACGCACAACCCAGUUUACACUUACUGUUCUACACGAGUUACCAGCGGAGCAUUCAUGGGUUUUGAGCGUUGCCCUCCUAUCAUCCACAAAGAAGCUAAUUCUCGGGAUUCAAUCUUCUUGGCCAUGCAUUGCUCCCAUGCGCAGCCCCUCUCAACUCUGCCUUCUCCAUAAAAUCACAGUUCCCAGUGGGCCGCAUCCACCGUAUGCUGAAGUCCCGCGUGGCAGCAAAUGGCAGAGUGGGCGCCACGGCUGCGGUGUACUCAGCAGCCAUCCUGGAGUACCUCACUGCAGAAGUGCUUGAGCUAGCGGGCAAUGCCAGCAAGGAUCUGAAGGUGAAGAGGAUCACCCCAAGGCAUCUCCAGCUGGCGAUCCGCGGCGAUGAGGAGCUGGACACGCUCAUCAAGGGAACCAUAGCAGGUGGCGGCGUGAUCCCUCACAUCCACAAGUCACUCGUCAGCAAGUCCUCCAAGGAUGGAUUGACCAUUUAA